UUCCCUUCACUACGGUGUGGUUAUUCUAGACCUUUAACCAUGUCCUGUAAUUAUCGAAUCUCUCGGUGCGUUGCACUUUUGUGGCUCGCUUUUGCCGUUUUCAACGGUUAUUUUAUUUUCAGCAUUUCAGCAGUUGGUAUUAUAUUCAAAGAUGAGGAUAACGUAGCAACAUUAUCUUCCACUGGCAAUUCAGAGUUAGCAGAAAAAAUAAUUAAUGUCCGUCGUGCAAUCUUCCGUAGUACUACAACUUAUCAAGGAAUUUUGACGGAGUGUCAUUCUAUUGCCACUUACAAAGGUACAGAUCUCGAGAAACUUCAAGACAUUGAAACUCACAGGAGAUUAGAAAAGGAAGGAGCAUUAAUAAAUGAUCAAGGUCGUGCCUACGUUGAUAUAGGCGCCGCAGUACAGGAGUACAGUGAUUUAGAAGACAGACUUAAAAAUGUAUCAUCGGUAAAUGAAAGGAAAGAGUUAGAAGCUCACAUGAAACAAAUCAGUGACGAUUUUGAAAAGAAAGGCUAUCUCUUCGAUGAGGCUAAAUUGGAUGAAUUCCUAAAGGUAGUUACCAAUUAUCUACAAGAUGGUGCAUCAUUCAUGAAACGCUGCAGAUCGAAUGAAGAAGGUGAAGAGGAUCAAUCAUUUAGCGGUUUAAGCACUACACAAGUUGAUGGUAACGCUGGAGAUAGUUUAUCCAAACCCGUCGGUGAAAGUGGGUCAGAACGGAGUCAGGUAAACCCAAAUACCGAAAAAAAGGAAGAAGGGAUCAACGAUGCUCCGGAAGCCAUUGUUUUCUCUUUUGAGUUGGAAAACAUUGCUAAAGAUGUUACAGCAUUAAAAGAAUUGCACAACGUAAGAGGGUUGUUAAAGGAGGUUAUGGAAACCAGUGAAGAUAUUGUAAUGGGUUCCACAGUGGAUGCAUCUACCCUUAAGGAUCCCAAAGAUAUUAUUAAAAAAAGAAAGAUAGAUGGAUUACGAAAUAUCAUUGAAGAUAUUGCCGUUGCGGAUACUAAAUAUAAGGAGAUGGAUAUGAUCAUAGAGGGCUAUAAUAAUGACGCCAGGACGUGCGAAGAUAUUGGAGAGGGCGCUGCAAAAACGAAAGUAUUAGAACAUAUGAAGAAACUGAAGGAUGAGUUUGAAGCAGGUAAAUUCCAGGAAUAUAUUCUGAAUAUGCUCUAUUACCAGGAAAAGUGUAAGAAUUACCUAUAUAGGUACCAGCAUUUGAACGACGGAAAGGAGUUUGAUGAAAUGGCGGGAAAAGAACCAAAAUAUAAAUACGUAACCUUUAAACAUGCGAUUAAAAUACCUGGAUCUGAAACGGUUAGAUCUCAACCAAGUGAUGAAUCACCUGCGCCGCCUUUGCCUCAGGGGAAUAGUUCCACUAGCAAUGCCGAAUCUCAAGCUGCAGAUUCAGCAGUUGGAAAACAAACCGAAGUGAAUAUAAGGGGUAGUGCCAUUAAUGAUGGAAAGUCGAAUUUUGCCGUUAAGGGUCUUCUAUUAAUUAAUGUUUUGGCACUUUGCCAACUUAUCGCUUCAACGUAGGCUGAUUCAAACAAUCAUAGGAAUUCGGUUUUUCGUCGG